GGGUACUGACGGCGUACGGAAUUGUGCCGGUGGACUAGAAACUCCCGCCAUUUCGACAAGGAAUUAACCUCUUGAUUGAUACAGGGUACUUUCCCAUAACCAUCACCACGCCGUUAUAUGUUGACAAGAGGAUCCGGACAUUUAACGAAAACCUUAAAUAAAAGGAAAAACCGGCUUUAGUUUAAAAGAUUUGUAUUGGACAUCCCGCCGCUGAACUGACGAUUUCGCUGCUACCGCGAGUUUAGAUUUUGCAUCCUUUCAUCUUCACCCAGAGGAGCUUAAAAGUUAUCCAACUACACCUUUUUGGGGACACGUCCAGCUACCCUGUUCUACAUCGUAGAUAUUGCGUAAGCCGAGGAUGACACCGCUGCGAGAGGAGACGAGCAGGUUGCGAUGAGGCGGCCGACGAGAAGAGCUCUGUUAUUGUUUUGCAACAAGCUAGCCAUCCAGCCGUCUUUGCUAGUGAGCUAGCUGCUGCACGCCGAGUGCCGGGCCUGCCGGCGGUAACGCGAGACCUGCUAACACUAUUUCAGGACACUUGUCUAAAUGCUAUUGUGAAUUACUUCAGUAGUUUUUUUUUUUUGACUACCGGAUUUGAUUUUUACGUUGGAAGCUGUGCCAUUUUGUUAAAUAGAAAUGGCACCGCUUUUAGGCCGGAAGCCGUACCCACUAGUGAAGCCGCUAUCCGAGGCACCAGGCCCGGGAGAGGAGGUCUACAUCAUCGAGCACACCAAGGAGGCCUUCAGGAACAAAGAAGAGUAUGAGGCUCGCUUGCAAAGGUAUGCUGAGCGCAUCUGGACCUGUAAGAGCACUGGAAGCAACCAGCUCACCCACAACGAAGCAUGGGAGGAGGAACAAGAAGUCACUGAGCUGCUUCAAGAGGAGUAUCCCCAGUGGUUUGAGAAGCCGGUCCUGGAGAUGGUCCACCACAACACAGUGUCUCUAGACAAACUGGUUGAAAUGGCCUGGGUGGAAAUCCUUACAAAGUAUGCUGCGGAUGAAGAAUGUGACUUCCUGGUGGGAAAGGACAAAAGCUUGCGAGUGAAGGUGGUGAAGAUCCACCCCCUAGAAAACCCAGAGGGAGAGACGGGGGAGAAGAAGCUUGAAGGAGCCUGUGAUUCUCCGUCCAGCGACAAGGAGAAUGCAAGUCAGGAGAACCAAAGGAAGGAACCUCCCCCCCGAGAGGAGGAGAACAGAAGAGAGAGUCUCAGUGACAGGGCAAGACGUUCACCUAGGAAACUUCCCACAGCCACGAAGGAAGAGAAGAAGAAAUGGGUGAUGCCCAAAUUCCUUCCUCAUAAAUACGAUGUGAAGCUCAUUAAUGAGGACAAGGUGAUCAGUGAUGUCCCAGUGGACAGCCUGAACAGAACAGAGCGCCCUCCAACCAAGGAAAUCAUACGCUACUACAUCAGACACUACGCGCUGAGGCUGGGCAUGGGAGAGAGUGCUCCAUGGGUGGUUGAAGAUGAGCUGGUGAAAAAAUUUAAUCUUCCCAGCAAAUUUAGUGACUUCCUUCUUGAUCCACACAAGUUUUUAGCAGAGAAUCCCUCAGCAAAGCGUAAGAGCCUGACAUCUCCAGAAGGUAAACCAAGUAAAAAGCCGAAGACCUCAGACACAUCAGGAGAGGAUACAGGAAACGAGAAGGGAGAGAAGAAAAGGAAAAAGAAGGAUGCUUCAGGCAUGCCACUCAGCCCAACCAUUUGGGGCCACAUGCAGAAAAUAAAGAUGAAUGGUUCCCCACUCAAGGUGAAAAGUCCAGGAACUCCCAAGAAAGGGGAAGGGAAAGGCUCUUCUCCCUCCACUCCAAAAUCAGGCAAAAAGUCCGGGGAAAAGAAGGAAGGAAAGAAAACUGGGAAAAGUGGAGAUAAGAAGCUCAACAUUCUCAAGGCUUCCAAAAAAGAUGGCAAAGCUGGUCCUAAGACACCAAAGAUGAAGCAGAUGACCCUGCUUCAUCUGGCUAAGAGCACCCCUGCUGGGAGUCCUAAGAAGAGAGCCCGCAGUACUGGUCUGGGUACCCCUAAACUGGGGAAGCCAUUGCCUCCUAUGGCCCUGCACCUCCUCCGUUACUAUAAGGAGAACAAGGGUAAAGAAGACAAGAAGACCUCACUUUCUUCCCUCAUCUCCAAGGCUGCAAAGACCCUGUCCCCUGAUGAUCGGGGCCGGCUGCCAGAGGAGCUUCGGGAGCUGGUGCAGAAACGCUGGGAGCUACUCGAGGAGAAGAAGCGAUGGGCGGCCUUGAGCGAAGAGGAAAGACAGGAAGAAAUGAAGAAAAGACGCGAGGAACUCAAAGAGAAGCUGCGAGAAAAGGCCAAGGAGAGGCGCGAGAAGGAGAUGCUGGUCCGUCGUGAACAAUCCCGCAGAUACGAGGACCAGGAGAUUGAAGGUGGCAAGAACCUGCCAGCAUUCAAACUAGUAGACAUGCCAGAGGGGCUGCCCAAUACCCUCUUUGGUGAUGUAGCUAUGGUGGUGGACUUUCUCCACUGCUAUGCAGGGCUGCUAAUGCCAGAUGAUCAAUAUCCCAUCAAUUCAGUGGCUCUGAUGGAAGCACUGGCAGGGGAACGAUCCGGCUUCCUCUAUCUGAACCGUGUGCUGGUGGUGCUACUUCAGACGCUGCUGCAGGACGAGCUGGCAGAAGGCUACAGUGAGCUUGAUAUGCCCUUAUCUGAGAUCCCUCUCACCAUGCACUCGGUGUCAGAGCUCGCACGGUUGUGCCUACGACCAUGCGACGCCCACGGAGAGGAAAGCGGUCAAGGCUCGGAGGAUUCUGGGCCACUGGGGGGCUUCGAUGAUGUUGUGACCAGCGAAUUCUUGGAGAAACUUGAGACAAUCGAGGUGUUUGAGCUGGGCCCAGAGGAGAAGGUCCACCUGCUGGUGGCUCUGUGUCACCGCAUACUCAUGACAUACUCAGUUGAGGACCAUGUUGAUGCAAAGCAGCAGCGCUCGGCGGAGCUGUGGAGAGAGCGUCUUGCAAUGAUGAAAGAGGUUAAUGACCGCAAGAGGGAAGAGAAGAAGAAGCGGAAAGAGAUGGAGGGCAAAGGAGAGAAAAAGAAAGAGGGAGCUUCUAAGAAGGAGAGCAAAAAAGAAGUAAAGUUGGAGCCAAAGGUGGAGCCAGAGCCGGAGGACAUGAUCAGUUCAGUGAAGAGCCGGCGGCUGAUGUCCAUGCAAGUGAAGAAGGAGAAGGAGGAGAUGGACAGACUAAACAAAGAGCGUAUGGAGAAAGAGGCAGAAGAGGAGCGAAUGCGUAAACAGAGAGCUGCUACAGAAAAGGCCUUCCAGGAUGGUAUCGCCAAAGCCAGACUCGUCAUGCGCAGGUCUCCACUGGGUACCGACAGGAAUCAUAACCGAUACUGGGUUUUCUCAGAUGUGGUUCCUGGUCUGUACAUUGAGAAAGGCUGGGUGCAUGAAGGCAUCGAUUACAGCUUCACUCCUCCACCUGAGGAAAAACCAGCCGAGCCUGAGGUGGACGAGGAAGAGGAUGGCGGCUCUACUGCUACUCAGGAUUCACAAGAGGCUGAAAAAGAUGAUGGCAGCAUAGAUGGUGCUGUGAGUGAGGGAACCCAGCAGGGGGCAGCAGCUGACAUCUGUAUAGAAACUACUGUUCCCAAACAGGGACAGAACCUCUGGUUCAUUUGUGAUAACCUAGCUGAGCUUGAGGAGCUGGUGGAAAGUCUUCAUUCUCAUGGCGUUCGAGAAAGUGAACUGAAGGCAAAGAUACAAAGCAGAUACCAGGACAUCCUGCACUCAGUCCAUCUGACUCGAAAGGGUAAAAUGGGCCUCAGGACCUGCGACGGCUAUGCAGAGCUACUCAAGUAUCUGCGCAGCGACAUCCAGGAAGUAGCUUCACGACUCCAGAAAGGUGGCCUGGGAUAUCUGGAUGACAACGAAGACAUUGAAGAACAGCUGAAAGAAAUGGAGAGCUUGAAAGAGUUUGGAGAGUGCAUCAUUACUAUUCAGGCCUGCGUGAUCAAAAAGUUCCUUCAGGGAUUCAUGGCCCCAAAGCAGAAAAAGAAGAGAAAGCAAGGAGGGGAAGAAAGCAGCAAGGCCGAGGAGGUCGACGAGGAGAAGAGACUUGCAGAGGAGGCCAGAGUAGCGACAGCAGUGGAGAAGUGGAAGACAGCUAUCCGCGAGGCCCAGACCUUUUCCCGCAUGCACGUGCUGCUGGGAAUGCUGGACGCUUGCAUAAAGUGGGACAUGUCUGCCGAGAACGCUCGCUGCAAAGUCUGCCGCAGGAAAGGUGAUGAUGAGAAACUUAUCCUCUGUGAUGAGUGCAACAAGGCCUUCCACUUGUUCUGUCUGCGACCGGCUCUGUACCGCAUCCCUGCAGGGGAGUGGCUGUGCCCGGCCUGCCAACCCACUGUGGCCAGACGAGGAUCCCGCUCAAGAAACUACAACCAAGACACUGAUGAAGAAGAGGAUGAGGAGGACUCUGAAGAGGAGGACUCAGAGGAAGAGGAAGAGGAUGAAGAAGAGAAUGACUACAAAGCCAUGGGCCACAGUUUGAGACCAAGGAAGAAAAACAAGCAGUCUUCAUCCCGACAGAAAAGUUCAAAAAGCAAAUCCAAGAAGCGCUCAUCCUCGAGUAGUCAGAGCAGCAAACUGAGGAGCGGCCCCAACAGCCCUGCAGACAUCGAUGAACUGGUCCGACAGAGUUCACAAACAGGAGUGCGCAGGCAAGUGCUGGAGCUGGAAAGGUGUGAGGAAAUCCUCAAGAAACUGAUGAAAUUCCGCUUCAGCUGGCCUUUCAGGGAGCCUGUGUCCGUGGACGAGGCCGAGGACUACCUGGACAUCAUUUCCCAGCCUAUGGAUUUCCAGACAAUGCUGGGAAAGUUCAGUCAGAGCUCGUAUCGUAAUGCUCAGGAUUUUCUGGAAGACAUAAAACUUGUUUUCGCCAACGCAGAGGAGUACAACCAGCAGGGCAGCUCAGUGCUCUCCUGCAUGGUCAAGACGGAGCAGACGUUCACCGAGCUGCUCCAGAAGCUGCUGCCCAGCCUCAGCUACCUCCGCCGGCGUUCACGCAAACGCAUCAGCCAGCAACCUGUAACAUCUGAGGAGGAGGAGGAUGACGACGAAGAAGCAGAGGAAGAGGAGGAGGAGGAGGAGGAGGAAGAAGAGGAACCGAAGAAGAAAAUGCAGAAUGGGAAAUCAAACAGGAAAUCCAGAAACAGUCGGGGGCGGAGGGAAGAGGAAAGCGAGAGUGAGGAGGCGGAAGAGGAUGACGAGGAGGAUGAUGGCAGGAGGAGAAGUAAGCGCGCCACCGCCACCUCAGGAAAAAAGGAUUACAGGGAGCAGAAUAGCGAUGGCGAGCGGGACACACGCAGAACUCGUCAACGGGGGGGCAGGGGCGAAGCCGGAGGGACGAGCAGCGACGAGGAGCGGUCCAACCAGCAGCGACAUUCCAAGAGACAGAAACGCUCAUAAAGUCCAGGAUGCUUUUUUUGUUUUGUUUUGUCGUUUCUCUUGCUUUAAAACUUCUGUCCUGCUCUUCAAAAUGAUCAAGGGGCCUCCUCCUCCUCCUCCUUCAGCCAGCAGGAAUGAAUCCUUAGAAGGACUCUUUUGUGUUAUUGAACUUUUCUGUUCAUAUUUUGAAAAAUGACAAAAGAAAACUGAUUUAUAUUUGUAACAUGUUUAAUAUUGAUGGGGUUUUUUUUUCAACCACAAAAAAAUAGAGAAUGGAGAGGUCCUCGUAGCUCUUAAGACUCUUCAAUUUGAAUUUAAUUUCCAAGUUGACAACCGCACAUUCUUACACACACACACACACACACCUACACACACAACUGUAAUUUGACUUAAAAUGUCCUGUGACCUGCUUUGUACUCUUAAAACACCAGUGCUGUGUAGUCAGAGGCAUGUCCUCGCCCUUGAAACACAGCCGUGUGUGUCAGGAUCAGGAAGUCUAAAGAGGUUUUCAAAAUGUAAAGGUUCCAAACCUCUGUUUCUUGUCAUGGUGUUUUAACACACUUGAAGUACUUCUGGUGUCCAUAUAGCCAAUCCCCCUUGGAAGUCUGUCUUGGCAUAAAAACAGCACUGUUAGCUGAACGUUUCUGUCUUACUUCUACAUAUCUUGACACCAAAAUGAUCUCAAAUGCAAGUUUAUAGAUAAAUAUGAUAGGAUUUGACUAGUCUUAGUUGUUUUUUUCUGUGUCAUUUUUACAGUGCAGGAUCAGAUUUACUGUGAAAAUCUGUGUGUGACUAAAGGAUCACAAGUGUAGUCUUCUGACUUUAGUCCUGAAACACAAGUUUCAUCUCAGCUCUUAGUGCCAAGAUGUUUUUAAAAACUGGGACCCUGACAUUGGAGUCUGCUUCUUGGCAUGAGGAGCUGACCAGCCUUUCCUCCUCUGUAGUGCCCAGCCACUCAAAAGAACCGGUACCUCAAUGCUCCGUCAGUUUGCACUCCUCCAGUGUAAGGUGCACCUAUUAUGCCAGCAGCUACAGGACCAUACUUUAUAAAAAAAAAAAAAUUAUGUGCAUUUGUAAACAGUGUUUAAAACAACAGAUGUGACGUUUGUUAACAAAAUGGGCAUUUUUGAAUAUUUGAUAUUUUUUGCACAUUUUAUUUGGUUAUUGUAAAUGACAACUUGUUAGUCGCAUCCAAUAAAUUGAUAAGGUUCAACCAGGGCUCUCUCUUCUAAUCACUGCAGAAAAAAAAGUUUAAAAUUUUGUCACAGUUGAAAUAAUUGAAGUAGCCACCUGUACAUUUUAUAACAAACACCAAAAAGCCUCUGUCAUUCAUCAAAUCAUUUGAAGGUCGGCCCUGCAUUUCCUGGUUCAGACACCAGGUGGUGCUGUCCUCCUGCACUUCUUUCCUGUCAGCAGUUGCCAAGUAAUUCAUUCACAGCGCUGUUAGCGGGACCGAUCUGCAUCAAGAAGAACAGGGGAGCUUAAUAGAGGAGCUUUUUGGGGUCUUUUGUAAGAAGGUUGUGUUAGAAAACUUCUGCAAGAAAUUGACAUUUUUGGAUUCAGGGGCUUUCCACAUUCAACCAAAAGUUUUUGUACGAGCAGAGAAAUGUCUUGUAGUGUGUGGCAGGUUGCUAUCAGUGUAUAUCUGUCUUUAUAUUCUAAAGAUGCAGUGGUUGUUCCCCCCUGUUGUCUGUACUGUCCUUGUCUGCUUCUCCAGUGCUUUUGUCAUCAAACCUUUAACUGACUUGAUUUUUCCGCUGAUUAAUUUCAUCCCUUUUCUUCUUUCUGUUUGAAUUCGGCUUCGUUCCUGACAUGAUUACCAAUUGAUUAAAAAAACAUUUGAAUAAUUGUUUGACAUUUCGACGAACAAACAAAAAGUGACUGCCCUAAUUCUCGAGUUGAGAUCUGACUGUAAAUGCUUUCUUUGUUCAUGAAGGAACUGCAAAAGUCUUUUACACUUCCUUUUUUUUAUAUAUAUAUACAUAUAUAUUUAUAGUCUAAAAAUGGGUUUGGGCAGGUUCAGAGGAUUCCCAUGUAAAGAAUUUCAAAUAAAGGUUAUGGACAAAGACUGUAGUUGUCCAUAUUCUGUUGUUGAGAUGAUGAGUGUCCCCAGGUCGGACAGACAGACAUCACUGCCAUCUGUAAAACUUUGUGACAAGACAAUGAACGAGGAGGAAAACGGGUCAGCCGUGACCACCAGCUGAUGUCCUAUUCUGCUUUUUUUAAUAAAAUAUCAAACAGUU